CGAAUGACCAAACGGGCUGAGCGAGAAAAUGGCGUAGAAGGCGACGAAAAUUCGUUUCAUUCGUGAAGAAAACCUCGAUAACUGAGGAAUACAGCUGGGAUUUAAAGAGCAUAUUCGAACUACAAGCAGAGAUGUUUCCUGGUGGAAAUGGAAACGCCGAUUUGGGCUACAACAAGCACGCCCACGUCCAUGGACACGGACAACAUGGCCAUGGGCACAACCAUAAUCACACUCAGUUCCUGGCGCAGCCCCCGCCGCCCCCCACACAUUUUCCAAUGCCCCCGGGUGGCGGUCAGGGCAUGGUGACGCCCCUGGUAGCCGCCGGGCUGCCGCUCGCCAUGCAGGGUGGGGUUGGCAUCGAUUGGGCGCAGCUCGCCCAGCAAUGGAUUCACAUGCGGGACGCUACUCCGGUGCCCAUGCCCCUGGCCCCGCCGCCACCCAUCAUAAGCAAUUUGCGAGAAUACCACCAGCCGACGCUAGCAAUGCCGGUGCCCAGUGUGGUCAGGGCGGGAUUUCCGCAACUAGAGGAGCACGGCGAGGCGGAUAUGGACAUGGACGAUGAGAACGAGCGGGGACAUAGCUCUGAGACGCCGCCACCGCCAGCUCCUUUGGUUACGCAAUCCCAUUGGCUGGCGGGCAGCGAAGUGGCUGGUCAAAUCCCAGACGCCUCCAACGGAGCGGCUGUCACGCUGGGCAAGCAGCCAUGGGCCGGGUGGCAAAUGCAGACCGACAAAUCGGGCAAUUCCACGGCGCAUAUACCAUCUCUGCUGAAGCUGAACGUCAGCAAUCCCAAUGAGCCGCACCAACAGCUGCAGUUGCAGUUGCAAGCGCAUCAGCAGCAGCAGCAGCAGCAGCAUGCGCCCCAACCAACGCAUCCACACCAUCCACCAGCACCUCAGCCGCAUCCACAUCCACACCAUCUAACACCACAUACACACCUGCCGCCACAGCACACACAGCAGCCGCAUGCGGAAAGCGGAAGUAGCGGGGCCAGCAGUGAGAUCGAUGCCAACAAACGGAAAAUGUUGCCAGCUUGGAUAAGAGAGGGCCUGGAGAAAAUGGAGCGGGAAAAGCAGCGGCAACUAGAGCGCCAGCAGUCCUCUAUGAGCACGCCAGAUGUCGAGGUCAACCACGUUAAGCAAGUAUCAAGCAAAACACUAACCACACCUGGUAAUCUUUUGAACAUCGCGAACGUGGCUAGCGACAGCGAAGAUUCCAUUGACUUGCCUGGGGAGGCGCGUGAAGAACUAAAGGUGCAGCAAAUAGGUAAUGAAUUGAUAAGUAAGGACGACGAUAGCAGCAGCAGCAGCGAAGAGCAAGAGUCGGAGCUGCAUGGAGCCAUCGAAAGCGGCAAUCGGGCAGCGGCGGAGCACGUGAGGAUGGCUACCGUAAACGAUGUCAAUGGUAAAAACUACGAAGAAAGACUGGCGGAUCUGAUGCUUGUGGUGCGUCGGACACUAACCGAAAUCCUGCUGGAAACCACAAACGAAGAGAUUGCAGCCAUUGCAGGCGAGACUCUAAAAGCACACCGUGCGAAAGCGUCAUCAGCCCAAGUGAUUCGCAAAAGCGCCUUGUCCUCCAUUACCGGCAACUUGGGUUUAGCUGCCUAUGGCGAUUCUUCCAGCGAAACCGAGGAUGAUGAGGAUGAUGAAGAUGAGCGUCAAACGGGCGCUGGAAAGGAUGCCGAAAAAAGCGCGCAGCUAAGCGCGGAGGAGUUGAAGGCUCGCAUAAGGCGCAGCAAACGAUCCUUCGAGAAAGUCAUUGACGACAUUGAGGAUCGAGUGGCCAAGCAAGAGCUGCUUGAUGAGCAAACCCUGCUGCGACAUCGCAAGCGGGAGCUAGAGCGCUCCGUAACUGGUGGUGGUGGUGAGCAUCGUCGACCGGUGGCCAAUCCAGACCCGCCCAGUGAGUCGGCCAGUCAAGCAACCCAGGAAAAGAUUCAUCAGUCAAAUGGUAUAGGUGAUCCACAUAAAUCCCAAGAACUCCUAAGCAUACAUUGCCAUCAUUUAGGCAAAAGACUCAGCCGCAAGGAACGGACCACCCGCUUUAGCGACAACAAGGACGGCAAAAAGCCGUCGCAGAGCUUCGUGCAACAAGUGGUGGCGACCGCUGUGGUGCCACCACCCGGAAGCCUAAGCAAUAGCAGUCCACAAAAGCUGAAGCCCGUUCCCAAUCCGGCCACUAAUCUACUGCAGAUGCCGGAGUCGGUGGCCACCAUGCUGAGUGCGGCGGACAAGGCGCUGCACAAGGCCAACAAGUCGUCGCGUAAGUCCAAAAGCAAGCGCCGCCACUCGUCCCCCUCGUCAUCGUCUAGCAGCAGUGGGAGCAGCUCUAGCAGCGAUAGCGACGACAGUAGCAGCACCUCGAGCGGAUCCAAAACAUCCGGCAGUCGCAGCAAGCGAUCCAGCCGGCAUGGACACCGAAGCCACCACAGCAGCAGUCGGAGCAAAUACGAGCGUCGCGAUCGCGACAGAGAAAGGGAGCGGGAGCGGGACCGUGAUAGGGGUCAUCGCCAGCAUCGUAGUAGCCAUCUUAGUGGCGGCAGUAGCAGUGGAAGUCACCGCCAGCGGCGACAUCGCGAGUGCAGCCAUUCAGGCGAAGAUGCUGGCGGCAGCAGCAGUUACCACCGCUCCUCGCGGCAGAGCAGCAGCCGUAGCCAUGAUCACGGCAGCAGCAGCAGCGGGCGGAAGCGACACCGCACGAGAUCCCGCUCCAAGUCGCGCAGCACUCACCACUCCAGCUCGAAGACAUACUCCUCCACUUCCGCGUCGCAUCCGCGCAAGCGCCAUUAAUAAAACUCUUGCGGAUAAAAAUCCGAAGUUAAUUGUUAAUAUUAAAUAAUUAUUAUUUCUUCUGUUUAAGACGCUUUUUAGUAAACAGUUUUAAAUCAGCCUAAUAAAUUAAAAACUCAGAAAAA